UCCAGAUCCCAAAGACUUCAAUUUGCAAAGCUGAGAGCGCCAUUUGCAUCCCAGGCCCAGCUAUCUCUCCAUCUCUACUGCUUCGGCUUCCUCCUCCUGCUUACUGCACCAAGGUUUUGAUUAUCAUGGUUUCUAUUUCUUCAAUGAAUAAUGCUUGUUGGAUGAAUUCAAGUGCACAUGCAUCACCAUCGUCUUCCCUUGAUCAUCCUAAGCAAAUGCAUUUUCAAACAUUGAAAUUUAAGUGGCUGGGAACACAUAAUACUAAUAGAAAGAAAAGAUAUUCUGCUUGUGGAAUUGUUGCUGAAAAGUUGGAUAUUGAUUUUUCUGAUCCGGAUUGGAAAAAUAAGUAUCAGAAGGAUUUUGAGUCCAAAUUUAAUUUGCCUCACUUGAAAGAUGUCUUGGAUGUGAAGCCGAGGCCAACUACGUUUUCCCUGAUGCAGAGGGAACAUGCAGGUUGGCCUAGGGACGAAAAUGUUGUUGAUUGUGCUGAAGGACAGAAAGAACGGAAAAAUGAUUAUGUUAACAAUGAUGAUAGGACGCUGUUAAAGGUGAUCAAAUAUGCUUCGCCCACUUCAGCAGGUGCUGAAUGCAUUGAUCCUAAUUGCACAUGGGUGGAGCAAUGGGUACAUCGUGCUGGUCCACGUAAGGAGAUAUACUUUGAUCCUAGGAAGGUGAAAGCAGCAAUUGUAACAUGUGGAGGACUGUGUCCUGGUCUUAAUGAUGUCAUUAGACAGAUUUUUUUCACUUUGGAAAGAUAUGGUGUUCAGAAGGUAUUUGGUGUUAGAUAUGGCUUCCGUGGAUUUUUUGAUCCAGAUUUACCUAUGAAGAAGCUUUCUUGUGAGCAUGUCCAAGACAUCAAUCUUGAAGGCGGAAGUCUUUUGGGAGUCUCUCGUGGAGGGGCCAAUAUGAGUGACAUUGUUGAUAAUAUAGAGGCAAAGGAGAUUGACAUGGUUUUCAUCCUUGGUGGCAAUGGUACACAUGCGGGAGCCAAUGCUAUUCAUAAUGAGUGCCGCAAGCGAAAGUUAAAGGUAUCGGUUGUCUGUGUACCAAAAACCAUUGAUAAUGACAUACUUUUGAUGGACAAAACAUUUGGUUUUGAUACCGCCGUGGAAGAAGCACAGAGAGCUAUCAAUUCUGCAUACAUUGAGGCACACAGUGCAUACCAUGGAAUUGGCCUUGUGAAACUGAUGGGAAGAAGUAGUGGUUUCAUAGCCAUGCAUGCAUCACUUGCAAGUGGUCAGGUUGAUGUUUGCCUAAUUCCUGAGGUACCCUUUAUUUUAGAUGGGCCCAAUGGUGUUCUCUCACACUUGGAGCAUCUUAUUCGGGCAAAAGGGGCAGCAGUAGUGUGUGUGGCUGAAGGUGCAGGACAGGAACUGUUGGCUGCAACUGAUCUGAAAGACGCAUCUGGAAAUGCUAUUCUUGGAGAUAUUGGAGUAUAUUUUAAGAAUCAGAUAAAAACUUAUUUCAAUGAGAGGGGUAUUCAUGCUGAUGUCAAAUACAUUGAUCCCACCUACAUGGUCCGUUCAGUACGUGCAAAUGCUUCUGAUGCCAUAUUGUGCACUGUUCUUGGCCAAAAUGCUGUUCAUGGUGCCUUUGCUGGGUUUAGCGGAAUUACAAUGGGAAUAUGUAACACUCAUUAUGUUUACCUUCCCAUUACAGAAGUGAUCCAUGCUCCUAGAACUGUGAAUCCUAAUAGCCGAAUGUGGCAUCGAUGCCUCACCUCCACUGGUCAACCUGACUUCUCGCCCAGGAGUUGUUGAUCAUACGAUAUUUAUUGAUUAAAUUAUAGUUGAUUUUGAAGAGCUCUAUAUGUUCGUUAAUGGAAUAGAAAUAAACCACGACACUGUAGUUGCUUAAAUUUCUUGGUACUCUUCCGUUUUUAAUUCUUUCUUUUCUUUUCUCUUUUCUUUAGAUGGAGAAGACUGGCAAUAGUCCAUUUGAAUAGGUAACUACAUUGAUUUUUUUGAGGUUGUUCUGCUAGGUUUGGAAGAAUAAUCUCUUUUGAUUAAGCCUGCAGUAACUGCACUCUACAUGUACAACUAUUAAGAUUUUUUUCAAUGAUUAUUUAAAUUACAGGGAUCUUUGUAAAUUCAAGUUGCAUGAAUGAUGUAUUAAAUCUAUAUUGCACGUAAUCGGGUGAAUUUAGGAGCAACAAUUACAAUAGAAGAAGCAUAGAAGCAUCCAUGUGGACGACUAUUUGAACUGAUAUAUUCUUUCAUGAAGUCGACUCUAAUCUUUUCGGAUUAAGGCUAAUUGUUGUAUAUAUGGCGAUGGUUGUAACCUAUGUAAUAUGCUUAAAACCAUCUAACUUGGGAGAGCUUUUGUAAUAAUUCAUUUAACUUAUGAACUGUUAAGUAUA